AUGGUGGAAGCGGAGUUCUCGAGAGGCUCGUCAAGUCGAGAGGACAGUGUUUUGGAGGAAUAUGUGGAAAAAAACCGGCUUCAAAGGCUUUCGAACGAGUAUCUGAAGCCCAAUAUUGGUCUAGUAUAUCUAUUGACAGCCAACCUGUUUAAUAGUGCGAUGGUGGUUUCUACAAAGCUUUUGGAAACGGAUCAGACGUUGGAAAAGCCUAUUACGCCUCUUCAAAUUUUGGUGGUACGCAUGUUCAUUACAUAUGUGGGUACUGUGAUAUACAUGUACUGGAAUCGAUCUAAGAUCGAACAUGUCCCGUGGGGUCCGCCGGAAAUGCGCAAAUGGCUUAUUCUUCGGGGAUGCACCGGGUUUUUCGGAGUGUUUGGGAUGUAUUAUUCGUUGAUGUACCUAUCGGUACCCGAUGCUACGGUCAUUACUUUCCUCGGACCUUCCAUCACCGGGGUGCUUGCCUGGAUGGUCUUGCACGAAAGAUAUACCAAAGUUGAAGCCACUGGCGCCUUGGUUUCACUUUUCGGAGUGGUGAUGAUUGUUCGUCCAAGUUUUUUGCUCGGCGAUUCAACCCCCCAAAACACAAGCGAUGUCGUAGAGUCCAACGAUCCGCAGGAACGGCUCGUUGCCACAUUGGUUGCACUUCUCGGGGUUCUUGGAGCUGCCAACGUCUACAUUAUCAUUAGAUACAUCGGAAAUAGGGCCCAUGCCAUUAUGAGCGUGUCAUAUUUCGCCCUCAUUGCUUGCAUUGUCUCUUUCCUUGGCAUUUGCACCAUUCCGUCGAUGACUUUCCAGAUUCCGCAAUCAAGGAAACAGUGGUUUUUAUUCUCGCUCAUAGGGCUUUCAGGGUUCUUCAUGCAGUUGCUGCUGACAAUGGGCAUUCAAAAAGAACGUGCAGGCAGAGGGGCAUUUAUGUCUUAUUCGCAAGUGAUAUAUGCGCUUAUUUGGGAUCUUUUGAUCUGGCAUCACUUGCCGGGUUUUUGGUCCUGGUGUGGAAUGUUCAUCAUUAUAGGAAGUGCUGUGUGUGUUAUCAAACACAAGCCCCAGCCUGAGCUUGCUGUUACUGUGGAUCAGGAAACAAGCCAGGCUAUUCAGAUGCAGGAUUUUGAAGAUAACGACGACGACGAUGACGACGACGACGAUCAGAAAUGGGACAUUUAG